CGGAGCGGCAGCCAUGCAACCACUUCAAAACCCGUUCUUGUUUGUUGUACAGAUUCUGGCGUUCCUCGGCACGUGGCAGCCCUUGGAUUCCUUUUGCGAAGCUAUCGUCCUGCCUCUAUCACCAUGUUACGUCAGAGGUCAACACUAUGGCGGAAACGCCACAUCAUCAACCCUUGACACGGCGUACAUCGUGCCCCGACUUGGCUGGCCAUUCCCAUCGCCUACGACGCCAGUCAGCCGGACGUACUUAAGAGCGACGCUUUCAUCGGGCCACUUCAGUGGGCUGGACGGAGCGGCAGCCAUGCAACCACUUCAAAACCCGUUCUUGUUUGUUGUACAGGUUGGUAAACACCCAUCGUUGCACGCUAAGCGAUCCAGUAAUAUCUGUCUGCUGCUCUUCCCAGGCCCACUGGUGAUUCUUUGUGAUUUUUUUGAGUGUAUAUAUGUUGUCAAAUUGCUUAUGUUAGCUGGGAAUGUGGAACAGAACCCUGGUCCUCAAAAGGAGAUUCUAGACGCCAUUGCGGCCUUGUCGGCUAAAAGUGACGCACGCCAUACCGAGGUAAUAGGGAUGCUAUCAGAGGUCCGAGCUAAUCAGCAAAAACUCGAGGAAAAAGUUUCCAGCUUAGCCAGUAGGCUCGCAACAGUUGAAUCCCUGGUGGAAUCAUAUGAAGCAAAUCAGAAUGGUGUUGAUCUACCGAGAGUAGUCGAUGAAGCUGUGCGAGACCAAACUGCAGCAAUAACUUCUCGGUUGGACGAACUGGAAGACCGCUCUCGCCGUGACAACCUUAUAUUCUACGGGAUUCCUGACGUCCCAGCUGAGAACUGGUCCGAAUCUGAAACUAAAAUUCGAAACUGCCUUACUAGUUUACUACAGAUAACUUUAAUAGACGAAGCCAUUUCCCGCGCCCACAGGCUGGGUUCCUAUGCAGUAAAUAAACACCGGCCCAUAAUCGUAAAAUUCUCGUCCUCAAAACUUAAGCAAAAGGUUUUCACUGAGCGAAAAAAAUUCAAAGGUUCUGGAAUUUCUGUUAGCGAAGACUUCUGCCGCGCCACACGCUUGUCACAGAAAAAAUUGAUUGAAUUCGGAAAGGCUAGCGGACAGAAAUAUGCGCUACGGCUCAACCGUCUACAAAUCGACAAAAAAACUUAUGUUUACUGUCCGGUAACUGAUCGUGUGUGCGAAAUCCACACAAACGAGCUUCGUUCAACAAAUUCUGUCCCAAAUGCACCUUCUGAUGGCCCUAGCAAUUCGCAAACAUAGCGGUGUCAUGGUCCGGUGGCAAAAAAUAUUUCUCUUUUGUAUUCAAAUAUUCGCAGCGUAUGCAAUAAGCGGGAUGCUUUAUCUUCUGUCGUUGACACGUGCAGUGCCGAUAUUGUUAUCCUGACAGAGACAUGGCUUUCUAGCAAAAUUGAAGACCGUGAAAUUUUGGAAUGCGAGGGUGUUUACCGUUUCUAUCGACAUGACCGCGAUGUACGGUGUGGUGGUGGUGUACUUAUCGGUGUUCGUGAUUCGAUUACCGCUGCUGCAAUUGAGCUUGCCUCACCAUUAGAGCUAGUGUGCACGCGCGUAGGCUUCGAACGCAAAAAUUUUAUCAUUUGCGUCGUUUACAGGCCCCCUUCCUCACCUAACACAUUUUGUUCAGACCUUCACGAUGCCUUAAAUAGUCUAAUUUUACGGUUUCCUUCCACGCCACUAAUACUCCUUGGGGACUUUAACUUUCCUGGCAUUAACUGGCAUACUGAUCCCCCUUCAACCCAAGAGUGCUGUUCUGAAUAUUCCGAAUUCAUCAGCCUUUGCCUUGAUUUUAACCUGCAGCAGCUUGUUCUGAAGCCUACUCGAUGUUCUGCACACUCGGCUAAUAUCCUGGAUUUAAUCCUUACUACAUCCCCGGAAUUUUUUUCGCCCCUAACUUACCUACCGGGUAUUAGCGACCAUUGUAUAAUCCAGUGUAAUUUGCAGUUAACCAUGCCAUCUGUUACCUCGUCGAAAGUUAUACGUGAUUACAAAAAUGCUGAUUUUGCCGCAAUUAAUAACGAACUAGAAACUUUCAUCACUGACUACAUUCCAAGUUUCCACACUCGAUCGGUUGAAGAAAACUGGUCAAUAUUCAAAGAAAAAGCCAACUCCUUAAUUAACCGGUACAUCCCGCAAAAACGUAUUUAUUCCAAUUCUCGCGCACCCUGGUUCAACGCGCGUCUUAAACGUUUACUGAACAAAAAGAAAAGGCUUUUCCGACGAGCAAAAUUAACUGGCAAUCAUGAUCGUUGGAAUGCUUACACAAUAGCACUGAGCGACUACAAGAAUGCUGUAGCAGAGUCCAAAACAACAUUUUAUGAGCACACGUUGCCUUCUUUUUUGAAAGACAACCCACAGAAAUUUUGGAGUGUGGUCAACGGUAAAAAAUCUAGUGCCAUUGAACUGUGUGAUCCUAACAACGAACCUGUCGAUCGGAGUGUCUGUUGUGAAGUAUUGAAUGACGCGUUCAUAUCUGUAUUUUCUGAUUCUGUGUUGUGCGCAAGCGCUGUUUUUUCUGAUAUGCAUUAUUUUCCAAUGCUCCCCAUUACCAUUGACCUUGAUGGCGUUGUAAAGUUGAUACAGACCUCAAAAGUUUCUGCAUGCAGUGGAGUAGAUGGUAUAAACACGAAGUUUCUUAAGGGAACUAUUACUUAUUCAUCUAUAAUUCUUAGCGAAAUCUUUGCUCAGUCACUUCAAACUACCAUCCUUCCGAAUGAUUGGAAGGCAGGGAUGGUGAUUCCCGUACAUAAGUCUGGCAGUCGGUACUCCCCACUUAAUUACAGACCUAUAUCCCUAACUAGCGUUCCCUGCAAAUUAAUGGAGCACAUAGUUUACUCACACCUGGUUUCAUUUCUCGAGUCAAACUUAUUUUUCACCCCCUACCAACACGGAUUUAGAAAACACUAUUCCUGCGAAACACAGCUUUUGUCAUUCACUAAUGAUUUAUUCCAGGCGAUGGAUGCUAACUUUAUUAUUGACUGCAUUUUUUUAGACUUCGCCAAAGCAUUCGAUACUGUUUCACACGAAUUACUUUUAACUAAAUUAAGUAACCUCAACAUUGAUCCUAACGUGCUUGCUUGGAUCAAGUGUUUUUUGUCUAACCGUUCCCAAUUCGUUUAUGCUAACGAAUACUUCUCUUCCACUGGUCGAGUAACCUCCGGUGUACCGCAAGGCUCGGUUCUGGGACCAUUAUUAUUUUUAAUUUAUAUUAAUGACCUCCCCGACCAAAUUAAAUCAUCAAUUAAGUUAUUCGCCGAUGACUGUGUUCUCUAUCGUGUCAUUUCUAACCCUGACGACUGCGAUACUCUUCAAUCAGACAUUGGCAUAGUAACAUCAUGGUGUGCUAGAUCCCAAAUGAAGCUCAAUUCUAAUAAAUGUAAGGCGAUGCGUGUGUCCCGUGUUGUAAGAAAUAC